AUGUGGAUUCGGAUUUGCCAUUUGCAUCCGAGGUGGAUGAGGAAGAGACAUCUCCAUAGGACGGCGGGGGUACAUGAGUCUAGAUAUGGACUUGUGAGCAGAGAACCGCCAUCUACUGGUGAUACUGGUGAUAUUCUCAAGGACAAGGAUGUACAAAGAGUUACUAGACCUAAACUAAACAGAGACAUGGAGGGGGAGACACAGAAAACUGUUCAGCCCAAGAUGAAGGAUGAAAGGAGGAGUCACAGGGUGUUGGAAUGCCCUGAGCUUGCCAAUGAGUGCAUGAAACAAAUGGCAAAGGCACCUGUCAGAGCAGUGACAAAAUUCAGCUUUAGGAAACAGGGAAUUGGUGCUGAAAAAUCACAAGGACUGACUUUGAAAACGAAGGAAGAAGUAUCACCCUCAAGUCAACAUCAAUUGGAGGAACGGAGUCAACCCAGGGUUGUUUCAGGAUUAUAUGAUAGUGGUGAGGAAAGCCAUGACGAUACUAUGAAUUACCAGCAUGUCCUGGCCUUAGCGUUUACUUUAAAAGAGAUCAAUGAAAAUGACCAGAUCCUUCCCAAUAUCACACUGGGGUUUCAUAUUUUUGACAGUCAUUUCAGUCCAAGGUGGACUUACUUUGCUUCAAUGCUGCUGCCUUUCACUCAUGGAAAAUUCAUCCCCAACUACAAGUGUGGGAUCCCAAAAAUGUUGGCUGCAGUGAUUGGGGGACCUGAUAUCUCUCUUCACAUGGCAGCUGUAUUGUCCAUCUACAAAGUUCCUCAGUUGACCUAUGGCUCUGCUCCAGCCAUGGAAAAAGAGACUCAAGCGGUUUUCUUCCAGCAAAUGUUUCCAGAUGUAUCCCAUGAACAUAAGGGCCUCAUGCUGUUAUUGAAGUACUUAAGAUGGAUUUGGGUUGGAAUUCUUGUAGCAAAGAAUAAGAAAGCAGAGGAAUUUGUCCACGAAGUGGUCCCUACCUUUUCUGAGAAUGGCAUCUGCACUGAGUUCAUAGCACAGAUACCAAAUGCAGAUUUCUAUAGUGAUUUUACUGAUAUAAUGGAUGAAUUUCUAUGUAUAUACCAUGUUCUCAUGAAGAGCAGGGCCAAUGUGAUAAUUCUAUAUGGUAAAAUUCAAACUAUAUCAGUUCUGAGAAGUUUUCUCCGCUUUUCAGAAGUGGAGGAUAUACCAAAGAAGCCAAAGAUCUGGCUUAUAAAUGCGCAGACAGAGUACACCUCAAUCUCCCUUCAUAAAUCAUGGGAUAUCCAUUUCCUACAUGGGGCUUUAUCCUUUGCAGUUCAUAUAAAAGAGAUCCAAGACUUCCAGGAAUUUCUUCACAAUCUAACUCCAAACAAUGACCAUCGUGAUCAUUUUCGGAAAGAUUUCUGGGAACAGGCAUUUGACUGUUUCUUCUCCAACUCAAGAACUGAGACAUCUGAGGAAACUUGUACUGGACAGGAGAAGCUUGGGAACCUUCCUACAUCUGUGUUUGAAACACACAUUAGUGGACAGAGUUAUAAUAUUUACAACGCAGUCUAUGCUGUGGCACAUGCUUGGCAAUCUCUGUAUUUAUCCAAAUCCAGGGAUGCAACAAUAGUGAAAAAUGGAAGGAAGCAGGUUCUCAACCAAGUUUGGUGGCAGGUUCAUUCUUUUCUGAGAAGUGUCAGAUUCAACAACAGUGUCGGGGAGAAGGUCUCCUUUGAUGAAAAUGGACAAUUCAUUGGUGGAUAUGAUAUUAUCAACUGGAUCUCAUUCCCAAACAAAUCCUUUGUUAGGAUCAAAGUUGGGAUGAUAGAUCCUACAGCUCCAGCAAAUAUGUUCUUCAAUAUUUCUGUACAUUCCAUCAUUUGGCCAACGUUGCCUUUAUCUCUGUGUAAUGAUCCCUGUGAGACAGGAUACAGCAAGGAAAAGUUAGAAGGGGAAUCAUUUUGCUGCUAUGCCUGCCGUCUGUGUCCAGAGGGGAAAAUAUCAAAAAAGAAGGAUGUAGAUGACUGCUCUCCAUGUCUGGAAGAUCAGUAUCCAAAUCCUGACAAAAAUAUGUGCAUUCCAAAGCGGAUCACUUUUUUGUCCUAUGAAGAACCCUUGGGGAUCAGUCUGAUUGUUCUUUCUCUUUGCUUUUCUUUGAUGACAACUUUGGUCAUCACAAUCUUCAUGAAACACAAAGAUACUCCCAUUGUCAAAGCCAACAACCGGAAUCUCACCUACAUUCUCCUAGUUUCCCUCUUCCUCUCUUUUCUUUGUGUCUUUCUAUUUCUCGGGAGACCCAAUACAAUUGUGUGUCUCCUUCGACAGCCAGCUUUUGGGCUCAUCUUUUCAGUGGCAGUUUCUUCUGUCUUGGCUAAGACAUUUGUUGUGGUUCUAGCAUUCAUGGCCACCAAUCCUGGUUCCGGAUUGAGAAAAUGGGUGGGGGGAAGAAUGGUCGGUUUCAUUCUUCUAGCCUGCUCCCUUGUCCAAAUGUGUGUUUGUGCUGUGUGGCUGAUAACAUGCCCACCAUACCCAGAUUUUGAUGCACACUCAAUACCUGAAGAACUCAUCCUGGAGUGUAAUGAGGACUCAGUCAUGUUCUACUGUGUUUUGGGCUUUAUGGGUUUUCUUGCUCUGGUUAGCUUCUCUGCUGCUUUUCUAGCUAGGAAGUUACCUGACAGUUUCAAUGAAGCCAAAUUCAUCACCUUCAGCAUGUUGGUCUUUUGCAGUGUUUGGCUGUGCUUUAUCCCAACCUAUCUAAGCAGAAAGGGAAAAUAUACAUUGGCUGUGGAGAUUUUCUCCAUGAUCUCCUCCAGUGCUGGAUUAUUGGUGUGUAUCUUUCUUCCCAAGUGUUUUAUUAUUGUGAUGAGACCCGAACUGAAUGCUAUACAAAAAUACAAAAAU